AUGGAAUUUGGUAACUGGAAGGAAAGAUUUUCCCUUAAAAUGUUGCUGGUGUUGCUCUUGCUGCUUGUACUGCUGACUUGUAAUGCAGGCAAGAAGCAUUCCAUGAAUUGCACCACAGAAGUUGAUCCUCUUCCUAUAUCUCAUGAGUUUUCUCAGCCUGGUGACUUUGUCAUUGGGGGGAUUGUGUCUCAGGUCUACUUAGUGCACGAGACUCCUUCUUUUGAGAAGCAACCCUCGCAGAUGCUGAUUAAUGAACCUUUAUCAGAGCCAAAGAACUACCAGCACAUCCUGGCUUUGGCAUUUGCAAUAAAAGAGAUUAAUGAGAACCCCCAUUUCUUACCAAACAUUACUUGGGGGUUCCACAUCCUCAACAGUUACUAUAAUGCAAGGAUGACCAAUAAAGCCAUCCUGAGUUUGCUUUCCACACAACAGUGCUUUGUCCCCAACUACAAGUGUGCUGUUUUGAAAAAUCCAACAGCAGUUAUUGGAGGGUUUGAUUCUGAAACAUCAGUCAAUAUGGCCACCAUUAUAGCCAACUACAAGAUUCCACAGGUCACUUAUGGGUCAUUUUCCCCAACCCAGAAUGAUGGAACUCCUUUCUCUUCCUUGUACCAGAUGGUCCCAAAGGAAGCUUAUCAGUACAUGGGAGUUAUCCGUUUACUGCAGCAUUUCAAUUGGGAAUGGAUUGGGCUCUUAGCUGUGGAUGAUGACCGGGGAGACAGGUUUUUGCAGAGAGAUGGUUUUAUCCAGAACUUCUGGGAGCAGGCAUACAGCUGUUCGUUGAAAGUUUCUGACAUUCUGGGUGAUAGCGAGAAUGCUUGCACAGGUGAAGAGAAGCUGGAGACUCUUCCCGGGAUUUUGUUUGAGAUGAACAUGACUGGCCACAGCUACAAUGUCUACAAUGCUGUCUAUGCUGUGGCACAUGCUUUGCAGAUUAUAUACCAAUCCAGAUCCAAUGACAGACAACUGUUAAAGGGAGAGAAAAUGGUGUUUCGGAAUGUCCAGCCAUGGCAGGUGGUGCCUCUUUCUGCUUGCAAUGAAAAGUGCCAUCCUGGGUAUAGCAGACAAAAGAAGGAGGGAGAGAAAUUUUGCUGUUAUGACUGUGUUCCUUGUCCAGAAGGGAUGAUCUCAGAAAAGAAAGACAUGGAUAGCUGUGUAAAAUGUCCACAAGAUCACUAUGCCAAUCAUCACCACAAUGGCUGUGUCCCCAAAGAUAUAAGCUUCCUUUCUUACAAAGAACCAUUAGGUAUCGUCUUAAUUACCCUAGCUGUUUCCCUUUCUCUGGUCACAGUACUGGUGUUUUGGACAUUUGUGAAGCACCGAAACAGUCCCAUAGUCAAAGCCAACAACCGAAGCCUGACAUAUAUACUUCUCAUCUCUCUUGUUCAUUGCUUCCUCUCAUCUUUGCUGUUUAUUGGGCAGCCUGGCAAGGUCACCUGCCUUCUCCGACAAAUCACUUUUGGCAUCAUAUUCUCCGUAGCCAUUUCUAGUGUGUUGGCCAAAACCAUGACUGUACUUUUGGCCUUCAAGGCUACCAAACCUGGGUCUAUAGUGCGCUUAUUUGUGGGGAAAAGACUGGCAUAUUCAGUUGUGCUUUUAUGCUCCCUUGUUCAAGUGGGUAUUUGUGUUUUUUGGCUAACUACUUCCCCACCAUUCCCAGAUAUGGACAUGCUGUCAAUGAAUGAGAACAUCAUACUGGAAUGUAAUGAGGGUUCAGCAGCUAUUUUUUACUUGGUCUUGAGCUACAUGGGCUUUCUGGCCCUAGUGAGCUUCAUUGUGGCUUUUCUAGCCAGGAAGUUACCUGACAAUUUCAACGAAGCCAAAUUUAUCACUUUCAGCAUGGUGCUCUUCUUUAGUGUUUGGCUCUCCUUUAUUCCAGCUUACUUGAGCACCAAGGGGAAAUCUAUGGUGACUGUGGAGAUCUUCUCCAUCUUAGUCUCUAGUACCGGUUUACUGACUUGCAUUUUUUCCCCCAGAUGUUACAUAAUUGUGCUAAGGCCUGAGCUAAACAAUAGGGAACUCUUAAUGAAGAGGGGGAAAUGA